CCUGCUGACAAUGCAGAUACAUAAUUAGAUAUCGCACUGACGACCCAGCUAGCUAGCUGUAGAUACAAGAGAUGAAUAUUUAUACUAGUAGAGUGGUGUGGUGUGUGUGUUUAGUGGUGUUGGUCAACAUUGAUUGGUGCUCUGCUGUGGAUUGUGUCAAUACGCCUGGGGUGCCAGUAACUGCACGAGUGCCUGAGGUGGUGUAUGCUGAGGAGUCUGGUUGUGUGUUAUUAAACUGUUCUGCUGAUGUGGGUCCUGUGGCCUGGUACAAGAACAACAUUCCCAUACCCAACUCUAUUUCUAGACAGACCUUCACACCUGAGGGGGACCUGAGGUUUGAUAGUGUCUCAGCUUCACAAGCAGGCUGGUACUCUUGUGUGGGCCCUACUGCACUACAUCAACACUUCCUUCUCAUAGUCGGCUCCUCUCCAACUUCUGUGGAGACAGUAUCGAUAUCAUACAAUGUAGUGAGUGGUUCUCGUGUGGAGCUAGGCUGUGUAAGUAAUGGCAGUCCACCACCAGUCAUCACCUGGAGGGAUGGCUCUGAUGACCCAGUGUUAGAGAGUAACUCACUAAGAGUGGACCCCAGGAGCAACUCCCUCAUCAUACACAACUACACAAGGACAGAAAGUGGGGGAUACUAUUGUCAGCUCUCCAAUGACUUUGGUGUUGUCAAUGCUACACGUACUGUUGUUAGUAUCACAGAUACUCCAGCCCCCCCCUACACUUCACCCCUAGAGGACCGACCCACUCCACACAACCUACCCACCAAUAUCACCACUCCUCUCACGCUCUCCUGUACUGGACUCAACCUUCAGAGUAACAACAUCACAGUCCAAUGGUUCAAAGACUAUACACUAUUAUCCAGCCAGACAGAUGAUAACCUGACUCUCUCCAGUGUACCCCCACAAUCAAGUGAUGCUGGCUACUAUUGCUGUACUGUGUCUUAUCUUGACCAACAAAUCAACCACCACUGUAUCACAGUGUGGGUGAGAGAGAGCUUGAAGUUCUCAUCUAUUCUCCCGCCCACACUCCUGGCCCUCUCCUCCACACACCCCCGCCCACUCUUGCCCUGUGCUGGUGUGGAGAGGACGUAUGACACACCUCUAGUGUCAUGGCAACGUGAUGGCCGCCCCCUCACUAACUCCACACACGGCCUCAACUAUAUCAGAGUGGAGGGAGAUGGUGUCUACACGUGUCACAUCAGUAACUCUGUGAAGUCUAAGAGCAUGUCCUUCACCGUCAGUCUAGUGGAUGUGUGCAGUGGAGGAGUGGAUGUUGUGGUGGAUGGUGAUGCUUCCAAUGGAUCAAUGUGGACACCCAGUAAUAAUAACGCUCGUGUAGACACUAUCAACAAUGAGCAAGUGUUUGUGUUGGACUACUCCAUUAAUGGCACUAAUUUCUCUCAGUCACUACCGCAGCUUCAAGUCACUAGUCUGCAGAUCAGUGCUCGUGUUCGUGUUCAGCAGACCACCUCCAACCCCUCUUCACGAGGACUGGCCACUGUUAGGCUACUCACUUCUCAAGGCUUGCUGACGCUAACCAAUCCCGACAAUGUGUCCCAGGCCUGGCAGUGGGUAGGCAAGGCGAUAGACUUCCCCCAACCAAUAGAUCUACUCUCACUACAACUGUUUGUGGAUGGCGGUGAUUCAGGAAUGGCUUAUUUUGACAAUGUGUGUAUGACUGUGACUGUGGGACCUCCUCUGCUGGUCAUCAUUGGAGCCAGUGUGGGAGGGGGACUAGCUUUGCUCCUGUGUCUGGUACUCUCCUGCUUCUGUUUCCUUUGUUGUUUCCUCUCUAGGAACAAGAAACAGACAAUCAGGAUGAAGAAAGGAAGUGUCAAUCUGAAGCGGGAGAAUGGUGGUGACGUGAGGCUGGAGGGCUGCACUGCAGAGACUGAGACGGCAGACAGACAUUAUGAGACCUUAAGACGUGAUCCUGACUAUGCUAAUAAUGACAGCUAUCAAUACAUUGACCCUCAGGAGAUCUCUGUUCCACACAACAGUGAUGGGCAGUACAAAGCUCUGGACCCCAAGUCACUGGAGACACACGUGUAUAUGACAGCGACCCCCCUCAGCCAUCGUAGCACUGCUAGUAUACACACCUUGACUGAAGAGGAGGCUGCAUCCGGGUACCUGCAAGUGCUGCCAUCAUCUCUCCCGAAUGAUGAUGAUAUCUAUGAGAAUGAGAGGAUCGUCCGUUGUGCCACCAGCCCAACACAACUAGAACAUGAAACUAACCUCUACGAAUGUGUCUAGUUUAAUAUACAUUGUGGCAUUGUAUUAAUAAUAUUGUAUGCGUGUGUGUUUGAAUAAAUUUUGAGAGUACUCUUCUACUCUUGUUUUAAUUGCAUAAUCAUUUAUUCACUCCUA